AUGAACGCCUCCGUCGCCGCGCCCGACGUGCGCGCGAUGCGCCAAGCGCUGACGUGCGCGAUCACGAACGCGCCGUUCGUCGAACCGGUGACGACGCCGUGUGGACACACGUUCGAGCGAGAGGCGAUCGCGCGGUGGCUCACGCGCGCCGAACGCGAACGAGCGCAAACGCGCGGACGGGCGCUGGGAAGCAUAUCAGCCCCGGGCACGUGCCCGGAGUGCCGAACACCGUUGUAUCACGAACUCCCGUACGAGUGGCCGGUGAACACGACGGUGCGAGCGUGCGCGGAGGCGGCGUUCGGGAACGGGCCGGAGCGGGCGCGACGGACGGCGGCGGAACGGCGGAACGGACGCGGACGAGCGCACGAGGAGGACGUGGACGCGAUGACGAGGGAUGAGAACGAGACGUGGAUGACGCCUGAUGGUGCGGUGACGCUGAUUGGGAAGACGUACGCGUUACCGAUGUUCUUCUUGGACGCGUUGGUGCCGGGACAGGAGGUGACGCUCGACGUGUACGAGGCCAAGUAUAAGGUGCUGAUACGACGCGCGCUCACGGGAAGUCGGCGGUUUUUGAUGAUGACGAACGAUGACGUGAACGAGGAGAAGUUUUAUGCGUACCUGGAGGCGCUCGAAUCGGACGACGGUGAGGCGGCGCUCGAGGCGCUCGAGGUGUCGCCGGCGCUCGAGGUGGGAUGCGAAGCGAUGGGAGUGAGCCUAGAGCGGUUCGGUAGGUUCUGCGUCGAAUGUCAAAUCGUCACGUGUCAAGAACUCGUCGACGGUCAGUUUUUAGUGCGCAUACGUGCGAUGCGACACGUGUACGUGCACAGCGCUGUGAAAGAUCCAUCUGGGUUCUGCGUCGCCAAGUGCACGCGCGUGUACGAUCGUAAGGGCGAUCCUUAUGAAGAUUACCUUGAACCUCGCGAGACAUACGCGAAACUCGAGCUACGCGUCGCUCGCGCGAUGGAACUCUUCGGCAUUUGGAUCGCCAUGACCAGCGGGCCGCGCUGGCUGUAUAAUUACGGUGGGAGAAUGAGCACGCUACUUCAGGCGAUUGGGCCGAGACCGCCGAAGAACCAACCAGGAGACUUGGGAUGGUGGAUCGUUCGAGCGCUCAACCCGCUUCCAACGAUUGAUGGCACGAUAGAGAUGCGAUCGAUCUGUCUAAACGCAUGGGACUUGAACGUUCGAUUCAACGUCAUCUCACAAAUGCUCGUGUACUCCCUGGCGUUGGUGCAGAGGAUCAGAGUGCGGAGUUGGAUCAAGCGAGAGCACGCCAUCGCGGUGAGCAUUUGCGACGCGCUCUUCGACGUAUUCAACGAAAUCAUGGCGUGCGAUCGUGAGCAUGCCGACGCUGACGACAUAGAGAGCAUCGGGGAGUCUUUGGUACGUCGUUUAGGACUCGCGACGUUGGAACCGUCCGGAGCGUUGACGCUGGACGUGUGCGACAUCAUCAGACGAGGCAAAGGCUGGACCGAGGACUGGACCGAGAACGACGAGAUCGCGGCGCCCGAGGCGACAGAGAAAGACAAAUUGAGAGAGGUGUGCGAAAAUGAAGGCGAGUACGCGAGCAUCAUCUGUCGAUUUGGACCGGGUGGUUUGGCGCUGUGUCUCUGGCGCGCGCUCUCCCGAUUCGAGUGCAACGAUCCGGAGCUCGCUCGUCUCAACGCGCUCUUGCUCAAACGUCUCGGGGCUUUGGAGCCUAUAGAUGAAUACGCUCCUAGUGUACCGUCAGACGUGGACUCUUUGCUGCUCAUCUCAAGCCCGUUCGCCGCGACGUUGCGUCGAGAGAUGCGCUGCGGCGUGUACAAGGUUUUGUACCUGUACGACAUCGCGAGGCUAUUGGUGUACGUCUCGUACAGACUCCUCGUCCUGUGCAUCUUCGCGCUGGGAUUCUUAUUCGAACUCAUAUUCGAUCGCGAGUUCCAGGGCGGACGCUAUACCGUCGUUCGAGGCGUGAUCAUGGCCACCUUGAUCGGCGCCGCCACGGGGCUGUACGCGAGACGCGCGAUGAUUUCUUGGAUUGUCGACGCCGGCGUGCGAGCGAAUUGA